UGUCAUUUUACUGUGACCGCUGAGAGGAGCACCACAGCGCACCGCGCGCCGCUGAAACGACUGGGAUGUGGUGACAGAGAAGUCAAGACCAAGCUCUCUCAGCACUCCUCUCCAAUGCAUUCAGUAUCUGGGGUUUAAGCUUAUCGCUCUGCGCAGCUCUCGGUUCAGCUUUCCGGGACAUCCUCUCUGGACUGUGCAUCUAAUACCAAUGAGACGCAGCUUUUCUAACUUCGGGAAUAUUGGUUCUGGAUACUUGGUUCACUGCGACUGAGCAAUUUUGGAGGUGAGCAGGCUAAGUCAUUUAGAGCGUUUAACUCAGGUCUACCUAGUUUGUAAACAAUCCCACCCACUCUGCUUGUUUUUUGUUUUGUUUUUUGUUUUUUAUGAUGGCUGUGUUAUUUUUGCAGUUUUACGCUAAUUACUCUAAAUGCAUCGGUGGAAAAGCUGACGAUACUUUAAUUUCAAACAAACAAACAAAAACUCCAACAACUUUUAAGCAUUUGUGAAACACACGCACAUACUCUGCAGAGACCAUAUGCCACUAGUGUCAUCCACAUAAAGUCAGCAAACCUGUUUUAAUUUCCCUGCGCAGUUUUGGGGGCUUUUACGCAGCGACAUCUCCAAAGAGACACGUUUCACUUUCCCUGCGCGUACAGUCACAGUAACCUCGUUUCUCUGACGCUGAAAAAACUUGACCAGAGACACUCGGACGUGGCGUCCCUGGGGCCUCCAGAUGUAUAGAUUCAGCUGUCGCCUGUCACUUCGGUGACAACUGGUCGGCGCACCGUGACCGCUGCCUGUCCGCCGCCACAGGCUUCGCAUAGCUGUCACGACUGUUGUUGAGUGAACCAGAACUUAGUCACACAUGAGAAGUUAGUCCCACUUUUUUUUAAACUCCCCCCUCUUCUUUACCAUGAUGUAUGAGGUGAGAACGUCAACAUUUAGGGUAUUUUAACUGUAUUUAAAUAGCUACAUGAAAACAUCUGGAAACUUAUUCUUGAUAGCUUGUUUUGAUCUGAUAUACUUUGUUUUGCUCUGUGUGGGUUUAAAACAGAGCCUAAAAUAUCUAUUUAAAAAAGCUUGAACUUAAAAAAGGGGGAAAGGACUCUAACCUUCUUGAGUGAAUUCAUCACUCCUAAUGGACCUCUCACAGAGCUAAACAUGCCAUAAAGCCCUUCCUUUGGAGAAAAAUGACACACCCUCAAGUUUCACAUAUUUCCAUCCUCAGCUGUGAUACAAAGAGCUAAACCUACGAGACACAGGAGAGCACAUACUGUUUAUAUUUAACCAAGGCUGCCUGAAAUAAUAAUUUGUCCUCAAUGGACCAGGGGGGGAAGCCAUUAAACCCUGAGCGUGUCUUUUUGAGGAGACCCACUUUCGACUAAGUGUAAAAGCAAGACUCAAACCUGAAAUCUGUCACUGAGCACAGUGGAUGAAAACAAAGCACUGCUGAGCUCGGGGCAGUUAGCCAUGAAGAGCUAGGUGGAAGAGAGUGGUGUGGUCUUUAUUUGGACACUAAAUUGUUGGUUUGUGGACGUGAUUUGAGACGUUGCAUGGCAAUUUAAGUAAGACUGGAUUUAAAAGAAUGGAGCACUUUGACAACACAAAGCAGGUAUGUUUACUCCAGACUCUGGACAGUAUCAUCACAGUAUGAUUUCCAAGGUCAUUUCCUGCUAUAAUUGUACCAGAAACUGUUUUCAGAUAUAACCCCACCCAGCCAUUAUUACCGCACUUUAAAUAUUUUUUUUCGCUCGCCAGUCCAGAAAAACAUCAAACAAAGAAGUAGUUUGAGAGAGAACAGAUAUGAGCAGGAAUAGAAACGGCAGCACAGAGAGUUAAGGUGGUGGUGUCACCUAGUGGCCAGAUUGCAGGUUGACGGCUUCACUGCCUUGGAGUCAGGAGUUAACCAAAUAAGGCAAACAAUCUUUUGAAUUUUCAUAUAAAUAAAAGUUUAUUAGCACUUUAGUGCUCAGCACAUAACAAAGACAUAUCAGUGUCACCACAGCCCAUGUUUAAAGAAAUUCAGGAUCCAGUAGCUAAUACAUAUUUUCAUACUUUCAAAUUAAUGAUUUACAUUGUAUUUCACUGCACAUGGUACUUAAUGUGUCAAAUAAUGCUGCAUAGCCACUAAAAUCUCUUACUUUACCGUACUGCAGGCAUCAGUGUUUACUUGAUUGAGAAUGAAAAGGGGGCAUGUGAGCUUAUACUUUGAAUGAUCUGCUAAAGGUAAGAAGUCUCUCAGAAUAUUAGGUUUAUUUAUGGACUAAAUGAUUUACAAAGUGGUGCUUUUGGACCAGCACCACAUGCCACACCAUGCUUGUUCACGUCUCAUUUGCAAAGCCUCGAGGUGCUUCAAAGAUGCCAUUAAUAGAAUCAGAAGACUUUUAAAGUGCUUUGUGCAGGAUUGUGUGUGAACAUAAGGGGUGGGGGGUGUAGUUGGCCUCAUCAUCAUUUUUGGACUCAGGAAUGGGAACAGAUUUGAUCCUUCACAGCAAGCUUGAUGUUUAUGUGCACUUGCUUCAUAACAGUAGAUUAUGUUGAUGGUUUAUUUUAGUACUACAAUGCAUUGCUAAGAAAAGGUGAUGGUUUUUAGGAGAGAGAGAGAUUGUAAGUAGGUGUUGGAGAGCGCUAGAGUCUGCAGAGCUAAGUGCGAAGGGGCAGAAUUUAAGCCCUGGUGCCCAUAUGUAUACGUUUCCAAAUGUUGAUUUAAAAGCCCAGCACUAGUGAAAUUUACACAGAGGCCUGUUUGUGCGAAGCUAGAAUGAAUCACCUUUGCGUCCGCGUAAAUUGCCUGCAAGCCAAACACUCUGGCAGCCUUUUAUCCCCCAGACGUGGUCCAGCUCACCGCAGCGGGGCUAAAAGCAGAGCAGGACAGGGGCCGUGUGUUGUGAGGAUCUGUCAGAGGAGGCCAGUCUUUCACGGCUCUGGAUGGGGAGAUGUGGCACUGGAGUCGAGUUGCCAUAGACAAACUCCAGAGAGCAGAGUCCACUGACUGUAAACUGUUUGUGGUAGGUUGGCAGGAGAUUGGAAGAAAUACGGCUUGUUUAAACGCCGGUGGUCCCUGAAGCUGUGGUCACUGGGCCUGGCUGAAUUGGACGGCGGCUCAGAUGGUCAAGUUUAGGGCCCUGUGACAGUGUGAUUGUGGUGUUUGGGAUAACUAUUGUGGAUCCUGCUUCCUGCAGGACAGAAUAUAACUUUGUGCUUGCUAUACGGUACAGUUCCCCUUGUGUAAUUUUCAAACGGCAUCAUGUAUAAGAGUGGGAAAUGUGCCCGAAGCGGUGGCGCACAUUGGAUCCACAUGUUAAGCAUUAUUCUAAAGUGAUUAGAGGUAGUUAGUGAUUUAGCGCUUCCAGGCACAACUCUGUUUAUUGGGAGCUGCAGGAUGAUGUUAGAGGAAAACGGGUUUGGCUUGCAGACAGGAGUUUAAUGCCCCAGCAGAUCUUUUGCAACCACACAGCAUAAUUGUGCGACCAACCAUCAGACCACCAAGAUGAUGAAAGUCAUACUCCACACACACACACGUUUCUUUAUCGUCACCAUGUAUAGGCAUGAUGAUCGGCUUUGGAUGUAUACUGCAUGAUAAUCAUGGUGCAUUGCUAAGAAGCUGAUUAUCAUCAACAUGCCUGAAGGUGGAAUAACAGAUGUAAAGAUACCAAAUGUCAGCAACUUUUGUGGCUCUGGAAAUUCAUCUGCGCCAGACGGGAAUGCUUGCAGAAUGGUGUGAUUUCUCUUUGUCCUCCACAUCUAUAGGGAUCCAUCCAAGCAAUCAAAGCAUCGCAGGACUAGAAGCAAAAGAAAACAUAUUACGCAGAGUUGUCAUUAAAAAGCCCAGCUCACUUCCCCAGCACACAACGGGGGAUUCAGUUAAAGCUUUCCGGACCCCCGGCUGAAAAUAUGCAAAACACACUCCCCCAACUCAGCCCCUUCCUGUGGCUCUUGUUCCUCCUGUUGGCAUUGUCACAGGGGUGUAGUCAGUGAGCGUGGAUGAUAUGGAAAAGGUCAGCAGGGUUUAAAAAUGGACGCUGCAGGGCUGGGCAAGAGAUUUUUCAGCUGACAACAAAGGUAUUUCCGGGGAAUUCCCCCCCCCCAGAAAGGUUACAGUAGGGACAAUCUGCCAGAAUAUUCCUCUAAGAAGGUUUAGUUAAUAAAAGUUGCCAUAUUUUCCUCUACCAGUAAUUAGGUUGGAAAAUAAAUGCAUGCAGAGUGAUGUAUUCCCAAAUUGCAUAGUGCUGAAGUUGACUAUAAUAACUCAUUUAAAACAUUUCUUACAAUAUAUCAUACAAAGAUUAAAAGGGACAAAAAGCAGUAUGUCAAUGCACUACCCCAUUCCAGCUUUAGGCCUGUUUCACUUAAAGUUUUACAUAUUUUUGGCUUCAAAGCCGAUCGUCCAUUUACUGUAGUUUCAAGCAACACUAUACUUCAGGGUGUCAGGGUUAGGGAUAUACAUGGUAGCCAAUUCCUAAUCAAAGCCAAUACUAAAUGUUUAAUAACUGAAAGUUCUUUGUCAAAUAAACAUGUAAGGUUUGAAUAUGGUAGAAACCCAAUUACAUUACUAUGCUAGAUUCAAUGCACCAUACAAUAUUUGAUUGAAAUAUAAGUGGAUUUGAGGUUGGGUACAACAUAAGAUACAUGUGUCACAGCAAUCAAUACUUGCAAGGGCAAAAGGUCACCUAAUGUAUAGGCCAAUCAAGUGCAACAUUAAACCUGCCCAAUAUUGUGUAUAAAUCUUCCCCUAGCAAGCAAACAUGUCUUGGCUUGGAUGCAAGACCUCUGGGUGGGGGACCUGUGCUGUAUGGCAGUGGAAGCUUUGGGUCUUAUGUGUUGCAGGGGUGGAUCCUCUAAGCUAUUUCUGGCAUAUCCCUCGCAUUGUGCCAUUGAAACAAUGUGCAAUUAGUGUCGAUGUAGCAUGCGUAUAGAAUCCAGGACCCAUAAUUUCUCUGCAGAACAUGCAGACAAUGCUGAUAUUAAUACUCUGAUUAAUUUUUGUUCAGUAAGAACUGAAUUCAGUUGAAACAUUGUAUUAAAAUGAAGAAAAAGAUCCAGUAUAGUUAAGCUGUGUAGCUUUAAGGGAGAAAAAAAUGCCAUAUUCAAAGUUAAAUCAAACUUCAAGUUGUUUAGCCAGACAUUGUAACCAAAACCACAUUUAUUUUAUAUUUGUUAAAGAGUAAGAGCAAGAAUUGCCUGAUGUACUCAUCAUCCUCUUUAUUUUGAGUCUGACCGCCAUCUGACAGCUGUCAUUUACGAAAAUUCGAUUUAUGCAUAAUAUGUGCUACCCGUAUAAUUUUCAGUAAUCUGUUCACACUGAGAAAAUGCAUCACAGUAAAGGUGAGUAAAUGUGGGUAACAUACAAAUGGGUUAAUAUUGGCAAAGGCCAGCUGAGGACAUGUGUUGCAGAGGAGCAGCCUGAGGCCCACAGUGGCUUCACCGAGCUGACGCAGAAACAUUUCAUUUCAUUUGGCCACAACAACCCGAUGGCAGCUCCUAGUGAGAGGCCAGUUCAAAGAGCCGGGUUUUUGUUUGCUGUGCUCACGCUGUCUUCCUGUUAGGGGCUGGGCUCCCAAAGAAAACAGAAAGCAGGGGCUCAGCAGAUGUGCGCAUCUUUGUAUGUGACCUGUUUGUACAGAAGCACACUUCAGAGAGCUCGUUGGACAUUUUUGGAUCUGGGAAAGAAACAUAACAGAUAUUAUUAAACUCCUUCACGUGUUCCAUCGCUGAAGAUGGCUUGGUGUCAUUAGUGACCUCAGUAUUAGCAGCUCCAAAAAUAACACGCUGAUGCUGACAGUAACAGACACAUUACAUGCAAGGUUUCUAGGAAUGGGCUUUGCCCUGGAGGAUUGGGAUCUGUAAUUUUGAGGGUGAUAAUGCAGCCAGUUGCGUCCCUUUUUCCAUUCCACACAUUUUGCCAACACACACACACACACUCACACACAUACACACACACACACAAGCUGAUCCCAGCCACUAAUGUCUGGUCUGUAUAGCUGAUAAACUGACCGAGGCUCCCAGAGGGCUUCAGAUUGGACCUCUCCAUGUUUACAGUGAAACAUUCACAUGCUCCAACUCAUUUGUUGGUAAGCUGGACAGGUCAUUAACUACUGAAAAGUUAUACCUGCUCUAAUACUCUAACAACUAAUUCAAACCACAGAUGUCAGCCUGACCCUAAAGACAUGGCGACCAAAAAUGGGUGUAAAGAAUAAGAAUUGAUUUAAUUCAGGGAUUUAAUCAGUGAGAGUCUUUUUAUAAUGGAAAGCAACCAAUGGCAAUUUUGUCAAUGGGUCAUGAUGCACCAGCAAAAUAUCAGCCACUAUCCUCAACACCGCUUCACACUUGACAUAGACAUUACAGCACAUUUCUAUAAAGAAGUAGUCGAUUCCUGACUCACAUUAAGAGGAAAAUAGAAAUGUAAAAAGCACAUAUUGAGAUGGUAUAAUUAAGGUUUUAUGAUUCUUAAAAAUUAGAGUAUUGGUUUGGGACCAGUAUACAGUAACAGCAGAAAGCUUAACCUGGAAAGAAGUCUUUAAAAGUUUCAUGCUCAUUGUUUCUCUCUCCUCCUUUUCUGCCUCAAAAAUGCAAUUUUCUUGUCUCGUAGACUGAAAAAGAUCCGUAUAGUCGAGUGAUCAUCUUUAUGGAAAAGAGCAUCUUUCAUGCUUUAAGACAGUGUAUGUAUAGAAAGCCGGUAUAGAUUAUGUCAACAAGCAAGAUCAGGUAGAAACACGAUGAUCAAUAAUGCACAACAAGAGGAAUACUAAUAAAAGCAGCCCAAUGUGGCAAACACAUGCAAAGAUACUCGUGUACAACUUUGCCUCAUAGGAUACAGGACCUCCAAACGUGUAUAACCUCAUGGUCUACUUCAGUUUUGCAACUACAUUAUACAUGCUUAACUAACAAGCCAGUAUGGGUCUUUCUGGACUGGAUUUAACUUCAGCUGUACAUUUUUUCCACCCCUCUUUUUUAAUGUGAGUCACAUGAGAAGGUGAAAGGGUCAACAACAUCAGAGCAACAGGGAGCCUUACAGGGGAGAUCAUUGGGCCUCUCCUUUGCUCUUUCUGCUGUUUUACUACCACCUUAAUGACUUAAAUUGUGUCCAAUUAAGCCGAGUUGGAAAGAAGCAUCCCCGCUUGCAGUUGCAAGUUCCCUCUGUGCUGUGGCACUGGAGCAUGUGUUUAAUUAGAACGCUCUAAAAAGACUGUAACAGAGCGUUUCUUCAGGAAUGUUAAUCAUUAGUGGGAUCCUGACUGAGCAGCUCUUAACUGUUUCAGAGUAUUGUUGGAUUCCACGGUUUGCCUUUUGAAGCCAGGCUCAGGAAAAUGCUUCCACGUGUGGGAGUUGUCAGCCACUUCUUCUUUGCUGGACCGCGUCGUCUCCUUAUACACGAAAGUGCUUCAUUUUAAAGUGUUGCCCGUGUUCAUUCAGGUGACAGUUUGAACUGGUGGGAAGUUGGGAAGACAGGAAAUAGUUCCAUUUCCAGAGGAAGGAUAUACUAUUGAACUUCGAGGAGAGUUAAGGAGAAAAGCCCAUCAAGUGUGAGGGGCCGUGGUGCGUGCACGUGUGUUAGAUUCUCUGAAAAUUUGAGGUCAUAAAUUAAACCUUUUUGAAAUUGGGUGCUGUUUUAAGAGGAGUAAUUAAACCUUAUCACGUGUCAUAUAAUUUAACAGCUUUUAAGGUCACCAAGAUCAUAUCAAAGCUCAGCUGAAGAAACAAGACGGUGUUAAAGCAGAGAUUUUUUUGGCCGAACAUGCUGGUUUGAGGUGUUAAUAGGACUGUUUAGCUAUUUUAUGUAUAUACUCGUCACAGUUUGCCCAUGGAGACCACACAUGAGUGGCUUUGCCCUUUGCUGAUCCACCGCUUUUGUUAGCACAAGUGUGUAGUCUAAGAGCAGCCCAUUCAUCCUUAGCCUGCUCUGUGUGUAGACAGCCACAGGCUUUUGUUGAGUUAUAGCAUCCUCAAAUAAAGGGGCUUCCUCUCUUUAACAGCCCCAGGAGCUCUGUCGCUCCACUUUCCAUUGUUCCCAAUGAGGUCCGGCUUUUACAACUGUGUGAGAGGGUGUCAAAUUGAGGGUGAAAAACAAGGCGUCCCGAUCGUGCGCGUCUGCAACGUUUGGCAAAGCACUAACGAUAAAUCGAAGAAACAAUGGGCUGAUGCAGCAUGCCGCGUGCUGCUUAUUGCAACUUGAGAACGUGUUGCAUUACAUCAUACAUGACACAACACCAGUGUGGCAAAUUGAAUAAAGCAGAAAUUAAUGAGUAAAGAAAUAGUGUUUGUUCAUAGAUUGGUUCCAUGCAGCCAGGCCCAUUCAUAGAUCAUCUGUUUCAUCACUAUUAUAUUAUUGGUUUUAGACAAUAGCAUUACAGUAAUCUAAUAAAUAAAACCAGGUGGCCUCUAUUAUCGACAUUUUUUAAGCAUCGUUAACUUUUGUGUUUCUAUUUGGUUGAUGAGGAAAUUAGAAUUUCAGCUGAAGUGGAAAUGUUCACAUGUAGUUGUAGCUCAUUAGCAAUAGAGUCCAAUAAAUUUUUUCCAAUUCAGCACCCUUGAGAAACACGGGAUCUUAUGGGGUCAAGUAUCAAAUGAGCAGAUAUUUCUCUUUAAUUUUUACAAAUGUCUCCUGUCAGAAACGAAGCUUAGAUCUAAGCUUUGCCCUCAGCUGCCUCCAAUGUGUCAGACUGAAACAGUAAAAAGGGGUUAUGUGAGGGUUAUAGGGCUAACAAGCCCACAGUCUGACCUGAGUUUGUCAGUGCCAAUCUAGCUAAGUCAAUAUCAAUGCGCUGACUGCUCCACCAGUUGACCUUUUCCUCCCUCUUUCAAGGCGUAAAAAGGAUUGUUGUUACUGUAGGGUGAUAGGCUUUUAUUGGUCUUUAUAACUGAAGCUUUUGUUGGGCCUGUGUCCUGCUAAUACCCCUUGGCAAGUCAUUUAAACCUUGAAUGCCUACUUUUUAUAAGGUGGCUCACACACUAGCGAGAGCAACUCUCAACAAUAGUUCAGCAAUAGCUGUGAGUUAGAGACUGACCUUCCAUUUGCCUCCUUCGGUGGUAGUCCAAAACUUGACUAAUACAAACAGUUAAUAAUGUUAAUUUGUGCUAAUUCCACUAUAAGAAUCACUAGUGGUAGAUAUAGCAAUAAUGCUUGACCAGAUUCUUAGUUUUAUGUGUUCCCUGCUUUGGGAUUGUGUUAAGAAUGCAGAUUUAUCACAGGUGAUGGUUCUGAUGGUCAUCUUCCCUGUCCUGUCAUUGUCAGGGCGUGCUAGUUCAGAACUACUUUGCCAGUAGCACAGGAUGCUUUUUUUGUUUUGUUCUUCUUCUUUUACAGCAGUGAGAAGAUACAGACCAGGUGUGAGAUGCUGUUCAGGUCAUUGUAAAUAUGACAGAGGAAAGGGCUGUAAAUCCCUAGGGCCAUAGAUUUAUGGGUCAUCUGGUGUUCUCACAGGUCAAGGGUCGGGGAUCCGUGACUUGUCCGACUUUAUAUUUUUCAGCUAUCUGCGGCGAACCUUGAACUGUGCAGCCGGCUACUUCUAACUUUAGAGUGGUGUAAUCAUAAAUCGAUACUCGCCACUCUGCGCGUUCCUGGGUAGAUGUCUUUGAUGAGAUGUCUGCACAUUCAUAUCUGAGUUUCUCUCUUGUGGGAAAUAAGCAGGUUAUUAAUUUCUGUAUGUUGAGGAAAUGAAAAACAAUUCAGGUCUGGUGUUUUGCCCACACUAGAGGAACCAUCUUAGCUUUGCAUUUCAUGAAUCCUCCUUUUGGGGGACGGGGGUACAUUGUGUUGUUCCUCCCCUAAAAGACUUGCUAAUGGAGCAUGGUGCUUAGGUCUUUGGAUUAACACAAAGGCCUGAAGUUUGCUGUGAAAGGGCUCCUCUCCUCCCUGGCCUUGACUGCAACAAUGGCUUUGUCCCAGUGCUCGACUGCAAGAGCACUGGCAGGGGUUAAAUCCCGUACUUUAUAAACAGAAUAUUUACAGAUAUAAGCUCCAUUUUUUCCAUUGAAAUGACAGCCAUCAUUCACCACCCAAGCUGUGAUAUUCUGGCACAUAAUGGUGUAAAGUAUGUAGGCGUGUGGAGGAUGGAAAAAGUGCUACUCAGAUGGUGUCCAUCAUGUGCUAGAAAUGAGUUGUUAGCCUUUUUUUAAUAUAUGAUUAAUUUUUUUAAACAACUUUUUUUUUAAAAGGCCAACUGAGUAUUUCGCAUGUAGACAAUGAUUCUCCGCUUGAUUAAGUUCAAUGCAUUACAUAAAACGUUUUCUAUAUUAAUCCUCAAAGAAAAACACCAUUCACAGAGUUAGGUCCCAACAUUGCAUCUCCUAAGAACAAACAGCUUCUAAAAUGUUUAGAAAGAAAGAAAUCUGACCAGUUUAAUAGAUUCCUUGCUUCCUAGUAAAAUGCCUUACUGCUUUGUUUUACAGUCUAAGUGUUUUUAUACUCGACAGUGAAACCUCUCUGAUGAGGAAGAACUUGCAGUGCUCUGGAAGUUAUGUCCACCGUAAACAUGUCCUUUUGGGCAAAAGUAACACUUUGAUAUUGCAAUUAAACAACCACAAAAGGAUGCAAAAGGUGCAACUGUCCAGAGUUUGACCUGAACCAGCAACUUUUAUUUUCUGAGGCAAGAGCAAGAGGAUCACAUUCUGGCAUUCCAGCAGAGGUGAAGGAGAGGCAGAGGUCAACAGAGUCCUCUCCGGGGAGUUUCACUGCGUGGGUGGAUCUGUACGUUUGGGCUUUAUAGAUAUCUGUCAUUUUAAUUCCUUCUCAUUUGUGAUAACAGAGUAAACAUUAGGGUAAUGAUUGUUUUCACUGACAAUACAUAUUAUAUUGCUAAUAUAUAAUAUCUUAAUUUUGAGCAACUAUUAAGACCAGUUAAUUCUGUUUAUCAAAUAGUGACCUAAUCGUUUCAUCUCGGAGAUAACUUUGGUUACAUGUGUGUGUUUAGUUUAGACAGUGUGAGGCUUUGUGGUUGGAGUAACUUGCAUGGAGGACUCGUUUUGAUUCACAACCGGAUGACUGGUCUCAUACAGAAAUGCUGACAUCACAUUCAGGUAGUAGAAAAAGUUAUUGUGAUGCUUGAAACCAAUCUUUCUAUAGAAUUAAAAUACAUAUAUAUAUAUCAUUUGAUCUAACAAUAAGCCUAUAAUCAAAACUUUUGUUAGCAGACAGCUCUCUUUAACUUUACAUGUAGGCACAAAGGAAAUGUCAAACCACCAAAUAAACCAAAUCCUGACUCAACAUUCACCGCCGUCCCCACAUCUUUAAGCCGUUGAUAGGGAAGAAGAAAGAAGAGCGUCAUGUGAAAGCUGUUGUGGAUACGGGGCGGUUAGCCUGGCAAAACAAGCUCUGCCAUCACUGAUGUGCUGCUUUAAAGCACGGUUUCUGCGAGCUCUACCAGCGAUUCUCAUUUGGGAGCGUGUGUUUGAAGUACGAGGGGGGGGGGGGCUGACUGAAGCAAGAGACGCCUCACUCUGCCAUACCCAGCCAUGACUCGCUGCCUCUGAGUUUAAGGGCCGGGCUGAGGUUAAGAGGGCCGGGUUGGAAGAAAGAGGAGGGGAGGAGGAGGAGGAGUGUUUGACAGAGAGGAGGGUGGGAUGACCAUCUGGUUGGGCUCCUCUGUGUACACGCACAUGCACACACACACCUCGCUCACUCUCUGACUUUAUACAGUCUUAGCUUUGAUAUGGGCUGUUACUGUGCUGACAGCUCCGGUAGAGAAGCCUGGCUGCUGCUGUCCUGGAUUUAGAGUUUAGAGGAGCUUACAUAGAUAUGGAGUGCAGAACAAUUUAAGACUGGAUAUAGUGGCGACAAGAUCCGUUUUCUCUAUUCACGUCAGGAGAGUUGGCCUACACUGAGUAAAAAGAGAGCCCGAUGAGCCUGGUGAGUGCAGCGGGGCUGGUGGCUGGCUUCCAGGGUGGGGCACGCAAGCGAGAUUUCAUGAUGGAGCAGAAAAUCAGUAAACUGACAUCUGGCUUCCAGCGGAGCUCAACCUCUGAUGACGACUCAGGCUGUGCACUGGAGGAGUAUGCGUGGGUGCCACCUGGCCUGAGACCUGAACAGGUCCAGCUAUAUUUUUCGUGUCUGCCUGAGGACAAGAUCCCAUAUGUCAACAGCCCAGGAGAGAAGUUCAGAAUCAAGCAGCUCCUCUACCAACUCCCACCACAUGAUAAUGAGGUGCGUUAUUGCCAGUCCCUGAGUGAGGAGGAGAAGAAGGAGCUGCACAUGUUCAGUGUUCAGAGGAAGAAGGAAGCAUUGGGGAGGGGCACAGUAAAACUGCUGCCUCGCAAUUUUCUGAACAGCAUUUGUGAUCAUUGCGGCGAAAACAUCAACGGUGGAGAAAUGGCCGUGUUUGCUUCAAGGGCGAGCGCUGGGCUGUGCUGGCACCCAUCCUGCUUUGUCUGCUCCACAUGUAGGGAACUCCUCGUGGAUUUGAUCUACUUCUACCACGAUGGAAAGAUCCACUGUGGGAGGCACCAUGCUGAGCUGCUGAAACCACGAUGCUCAGCCUGUGAUGAGAUUAUCUUUGCUGAUGAGUGUACUGAGGCGGAGGGGCGCCACUGGCACAUGAAACACUUCUCCUGUUUUGAAUGUGAGACAAUUCUCGGAGGUCAGCGUUAUAUCAUGAAGGACGGCAGACCGUACUGUUGUGGCUGCUUUGAGUCUCUCUAUGCAGAGUACUGUGAGGCUUGUGGAGAACACAUUGGUGUUGAUCAUGCUCAGAUGACCUAUGAUGGGCUCCACUGGCAUGCCACUGAGAGCUGCUUUAGCUGUGCCCACUGUAAGACCUCGCUACUGGGUAGUCCUUUUCUGCCAUACCAGGGUCGUAUUUACUGCUCCAAAGCCUGCAGUCUCGGGGAAGAUGUGCAUGCUUCCGAUUCCUCUGACUCUGCCUUCCAGUCGGCGCGCUCACGUGAAUCCCGCCGGAGUGUGCGCAUUGGCAAAAGCAGUCGUUCAGCUGACCAGUGCCGGCAGUCACUCCUGUUCUCACCCUCUGUCAACUAUAAGUUCCCUGGCUUGAGUGGGAAUGCUGAUGACACCCUGACCAACAAGCUUGCCCAUAUGAACUUAUCAGAUGAACACUUCUGGAGAGGCCGCGGUGAUGAGACUGAGGCACCCGACGACCAGGAGGAAGAGUGGGCUGAGCACGAGGACUACAUGACUCAGCUAUUGUUAAAGUUUGGGGAACAAGGGGUUUUCCAGCAAGCCAGCGACUCUAGACCUACAGAUUUCUGGAUUGCAGAAAAGGACACCAAGUCAAAGCAGGUAUCCUCAAAAGCUGGGAGUAAUGGUGGGGGAGGAAGGGGAAGCCUUGCCAGCAAGAAGUACCAAGCUGACAUGUACUGGGCACAAUCACAGGAUGGGCUAGGAGAUUCUGCCUAUGGUAGCCAUCCAGGUCCAGCAAGCAGCAGAAAAAUCCAGGAGUUGGAGCUGGAUCAUGGGGCUGGAGGAGGUUUUCAGGGAGAGGAGCCACAAUGGUACACCGAUUCUUUGGAGUGUAUCACCGAUGAAUUUAAGAAGACAGAUCAGAAUGUCCGAGACUCUAUGGACUCACUUGCUCUUUCCAAUAUUACUGGAACCUCAGUAGAUGGUGAUAAUAAAGAAAGGUCUAUGGUAUAUUCCCUACAAGGUUUCCAUGAACUGGAAACAGAAGACUGUGAGAAAACCAGUAAUAUGGGAACGCUCAACUCUUCUAUGUUACACAGAAGUGCAAAUUCCCUAAAAAGUCUUGCAUCUGAGCAGGAGGAGGUGGAGAAUGUUCUAGAAGAAGCACCCCAGGAGGACAGACCCAAACCUCAUGUCCCUGCCCUCAGAAGGACACGUUCACAGUCUAGGCCGCAGCAAGUCAAAUUCUCGGAUGAUGUUGUGGACAAUGGCUAUUAUGGUGACAUUCAAGUGCGGCAGCCACCUAUGAGUGAACGGACUCGAAGGAGAGUGUACCACUUUGAAGAACAAGGCCAGGACCUUCACUCUGGUCGCCAACAGCACCACCAUAGGAGGCGUCGCAGCCGCAAAUCCCGGUCUGACAAUGCUUUAAACCUUUUGCCUAAGGAAAGGCCCCAGAUGUGCAACAAAGCGGACCGCAGAGGGAAUGCCCUCGGUUCCAAGGGGCACCAACCAUUCCACGGUCACCCCCAUUCUGCUGCCAUGUCCGACUACAGGUUACAGGGCCAAGCAAUGGGAAGGUUCUUGGGUCUAUAUGAUGAUGAUGAUGACUGGUGUUCUACAUGCUCAUCUUCCUCCUCUGAUUCUGAGGAGGAAGGUUUUUUCCUGGGUCAGCCCAUCCCUCAGCCCAGGCCGCACAGACACUAUUACACUGAUGACUUGCCAAGCUCUGUAGCAGGCAUGUCCUCUGCUCCUUAUGGCCAAUGGACUAAAUCCAAAAAGAAAAAAGGCCACAAAGGGAAAAACUGUAUAAUUUCAUAGGCUUUACUCUGCUGAGCAUUGGGCAACGGUUUGCCACUCACCGAUGCCCCUUUGUUCAUCAUUUAAAAUAUUAACAGUUUGCUUGCUAUUAAAUGCUUCACAGCACUCAAUUUACCAAGGUGGUUGUGUAAGACACAAGUCCAUAUUUGGAUUAUUAUAGGUGUGUACACUUGCAUAGCAUUACAAACUGAUGGUAAAGUAUAAUACAUAUUUAUAAAAUAUAAUCUAAACUGUGUUUGUUUAACAGUGCAGAUAUAUUGUAUAUAUUGUAGAAAUUUUUUAAAGUAAUAUUUUUGUACCUUUGUCAUUCUUUAUACCAAAUGGCAUUAAAAUUAAACAAUUGGCUGUUGGUACAGAGCCAUUCUUAAAUAUGGGUGUCAGAAAUUUAAAGACAAACUGACAUGACCCAGGCUCUGCAGAUGUUUUUUCCAGGUUUGUGCAGCACCAACAUAAAAGCACUGUGUAUUAAUAAUUAGCCUGUUGGAACAAUCUAUUUAUGGGUCACUGUACUGUAAGAAAAUCAUUGCAAUCUGUAUAAAUGUAUAAACUGGAAUAUAAGGCUAAAAUAGGUGUUAAUUGCAAUAAAAAUCUCUAUAUAUCAUGAUUUGAUUGUGUUUGGUGUUGAUUUUUUUGUGACCAUUUUCUGAAAACACAUUUAAUUGAUGUACUGUAAUUGAUGUAAACAAGGAAAUACGAGACAUCAUUUAUUUACAGGUCUCACAUUUUAUUUGCAAAAGUUUUAACUGCAAAGCAAAAAGAUAUUCACAAGCAGAAAAAAAGAAAAUAAAUGCAUAUCCUAAAAAAUGCACUCUCCUGCACCAGUAAAACACGUCAUGAACUUGGACCCUUUGAUAACUGGUGGAUAAUGCUUGUUUUUGUGUUGGUCUCAGCUGCACUUGCAGCCAUAGCUAAAGGUAAAAAUCAUUCUGCUACAUUUCAUGAUUUCUUAUUUUUUUUGUAAUUUCCUUAUCAGAAGAUUUUAGCAGUAAUGUUAACCAAGCUUCUAGCUGGUGUAAACGAUGACAUGUUUAGCUUUACAUCAAUUAUAAAUGCAAUAACAUUUUAUGUUUCUGACAACACAAUUCAUGGU